CACCGAAGAAUCCUAUGACUUAUGUUAUUACAACAGACCAACAACGUUGCUAAAAAAAACUAAACAAAACACAGUGUCACUGUAACUGUAACGCUUUUGUUAACAAAGCUAUGGCGGAAAAUGGAUUCUUGCCAAUUAUUGAAGAAGAGGAAAUAGAAAUAAUUGAUGAUGAUUUCUAUGAGAAGAUUCAAGCACCUAAGUUCGUCGACCUCACCGCACCUGAUAAACGCCGCCUUGACGAUGAUCGUCACUGGUUCUGCGCACGCUUCGGAUGUGACCAAAAACAUGAAGAAGAAUUGGAUUCUGAAGCAAUUUACAAGGAUUUUGUUCUUCGGGUUAUGGCAGCUAGAAGUCCCAAUGUUCGUCUCAGAAAAGCAAUGAAUAGAAGACAAAGAGAAGCAAGUUCAAAUUUGAAGUCUCCUAAUACAGCUCCUGCAAAGCCAAGGAUGUCAAGAAUGGCUUUCAUUUCCUCCUUGUCACACAAGGUGACUGACAAUAAUGUGAAAGUUGUUAAACCUCUUUCUAAGGUUUCUGCAACCCCAAAUGCCAAGGUGAAGCAAUCAUCAUCAGUGGCAAAGGCUUUGACAACUCCAAGGAAUCAAAAGAAGGUUUCUAAUUUGGAACAGUUUAGAAGUGUUCAGAACAAGAAAUCAUUGACCGUUGUUGUGCCUAAGGCUAAGAGUAGAGUACUGGCCAAGACAUUGAAUUUUAACUCACCGAAGAAGGUGAUUGGGAUCAAGAAUUCUGUAGAAUUGAAAUCGUCCAUGAAAGCAUUGUGUUCUGCAAUGAAGAAGCUUGAAUUCAAUGGAGUGAAGAAGAAUGGAGAAGGAUGUAACAACUCAUUGCCUGUGGAUUCCUCUAAAAAGAAGCAAUUCAAGGGACGAGAGGUUAAAAGCCGCGUUUUUGAUUCGUUGUAUUCUAGUAAUCGAAAGAAACCAGAAACUAAGGAUGUUAGAUGUCUAAAAGAGAAGAAAAUGAAAGCUAUGCAGAAACAUAAGGUUCCUGUGCAGCAUGAAAGUGACUCUAGUGAUGAUAUUACUUCGCUGUCAGAAGAAAAGUCUAUUGACUCUCUAGAAAGAGGAGAGAGUUCAGUUCUAGUUCUGUCAGAAGCUUCUAGAGAUGAUAUUACUUCGCUGUCAAGUUCGAACAACGAAGAGAAGAAAACCAUUCAAGAGAGUGAAAAAGCUUCUAGAGAUGAUAUUACCUCGCGGUCAUGUUCGAGCGAAGAAGAGAAGACAACUUUUGAAGAGAGUGAAAAUGAAGAGAAAAGGAUCACAGUCUCAGACAAGGGAAAAUUUCUUAAAGCCAAAAAGAGAAAGGUUGGAGAAAAUUCUAUGGUUUAUGAUGAUAAAGAAAAUGAGAUUGACCUUAAUGAGAAUGAUGACAAGGAAAACUCUUCAGUCCCUAGUGAGAAUAUAUCAAUGAGUAUAAACAGCGAUGGUUCCAAAAAGGCCAUUCUUGGAAGCAAGCAAGAGGAUAAAAAAAUUCAUAAGGUUAGAAUCUCAUUGAUGUUAGUUCAGUCCCACUUAUUUCAAUUCAAUGAAUUGAUUUUAAUCUUUAUGACAUUGAAACAGAAAUCUGCAUUGACCACAACUGAUUCUCAAGUUAUUAAAUAUAGAAAGUUAAAGCCUACCAAUCCUAAGCCUUUUAAGUUCAGAACUGAUGAAAGGGGAAUUCUCAAAGAAGCAAACUUGGAGAAAAAAAUCACAGCACCCUUGAAAGAAGCCACUGCUAAAGAUGGCAAGGCGGCAAUAAGGAAAAAUAAUAAUAAAAAGGAAACGUGUACAGCGCAAAGUGAUCAAGACAAGUAUAGCAGUUGCAGCGAAAAAUCACACCGAACAACACAACAAAAUCAAACUGGAAACAUUCAUAGUGACAACAACUCCAACAGCAAAGUGCAACAUAAAUUAUCUGCCAAAACACCUAACAGAAAUCCUGGUCCUAAACUUAAUGUUGUGAGGCCUCUAAGUGUUUUGUCAAGGAAGAAAGAAAAAGUAGUUCUUGCAUCGGCUUGUAAACCGGUUGUCAUUGUUGAAAAGACACCAGAAAUUGUAAAACCAAAGGAAACAGCAAAGCCGCGUAAAAAUGAUGCAUCUUGCUCACAAGGAAAGAGAACUUUGACUGUCCCAAAGGAACCAAAGUUUCAUAGUCUCCAUGUGCCCAAGAGCUGCAUCACCAGAGGCUCUCAUAUAUAGUUUGGUGAAGGAUUGAUAUUUGUUCAAAAUCAUCAUUGAAUUAUGUUGAGUGGCUUUGUUAAAUUGUAGAAAAAACAUGUGUUGUUGUAACCUUACUAUAGAGAUAGAUGGAAUCUUUUGUGCUGCUACCCUAUAUCAGCUAGAGUUUUGAUUUGUGCAAGAUUUGAUUUAAUUCAUAUACAAAGAGGCAUUGAUUGAAACCACUA